CGUUUAGCGUUAUUUAGCAUCAUCAGGUCUUCUGUACCGUUCCUGUGGGUUCGUGUGUCGGUUGUUAGAGCGGCAAUAUUCGAAGCAAAAUGGAGGAGUACCGGUACCGGUAUACUAUGAAUAACACGGAUUUGGAUCUUGACAUGGACGAGGAAUCUGAGUCAAAUUUUGACAUUGAUGCGGAAUUUGCAGAUUUGUUCAGCGAACCAGAAGAGGAAUAUUUUACAGAUGGUUUAUAUACUGAAGAUAAUGAAGAUUUAAAAAAUUCAGGUGUCAGUGAUAUCCAAGCAGAAAGGUCGCAACUACUCUUGCUUCGUCGUCAUCUUGAUAUGCUGCAAGAAAAAAUGAAAAACCAAGAGUUUCAAGUGUUAAAAGCGAGAGAGGAACUGAAUGCAUGUCGUACUAAGAUACAUGCCUUAACUGAAGAACAAUUGAAUGUGAAGGAAGAAAUGGAAACCAUGAAAUCUAUUGGAAACAAUGCUUCCUAUUUUCGCUUGUUGUCACAGAUUGAAAAACUGUCGACUGAAAUAUUAAAUGAAAAAGAUGUUGAAACAAUUGUUAAGGCUAAUUUACAAGCUGCUGAGCUUGCUCUAUCGGAGGUAGCUUUAGAACAACGUCAUUAUAUGGAUUUGGGUGAAAAAGUACAAGAACAAGAAAAAAAAGUCAACGAUCAUAAGCAGAUGAUGGCACAGUAUAGAUUGUUGAAGGAAAAUGAUGGAUUGAUGCAGCAGAGAAAAUUGUGGAGAAACACUGAGAGAUUAUACAACCAACAAAUACAAGAUGCUCAAGUGGCGUAUAAUGAAAAAAUGCAAGAUGCUCUUAUUAACAAUGCCAAGGCUAGACAGUUUCUGCAGCAUUCAUUAGAAAAGAUAAAACGUAAACAAAAUGUUCAAGAUUAUGCCGCACAACAAUUUAUGGAGAAAAAAAUGAAAAGUAUAAUGGAAUUGAAGAAAAGUAUUUCAUCAACACAUGAGAACUUGAAAGCAUUACAGGCGAGAGACAGAGCUCGACGACGUGAAAAGAAGUUGGCCGAAGAUAAAGAGAGAUUACAUGUUUUAAAUGAAGGUGGAAAUCCUGAUCAAGUCAUUCUACAAAGAAAAAAAUUGAUUGAACAGGAAGCUGCAGCAAAGGCUUUUGCAGAGAAACAGAACAAUGCACACAUUCGUAUUGCUGAAAAAAUUCUGAUGGAAGAAAAUCGAAUCAAACAGAGAAAAAAGCAACAGCCACAGCUAUGGUCAACACCGCGGAAAGAAAAACAUAAAGAGCUUGGACCUUUGAAAAAGAGACCGGUUACUAACAGAAUUCAACUUGAUAAAAAUGAUAAACCUGUAUUUCUUGAUGAAAUAAGGGAAACUGAAUCUCAUCAUGCCAGCACAAGAUCUACGAUGCAUGAUCAUACAAUUGAUUUUACUAACGAAGAUGAUGAUUCAGAAUUAACAUCAAAAUCAAAUACUUUAUCUAGUCCAACUUCUCUCAAUGAAAGAUUACAGUCAUUAGCUGCUACAAGAACAGAUCACGGAAAGGGUGAAGGCCUAGCAAGACCAGAGUUUCAAGGUUUAUGGACAAAGAAACACAAGAACUAUAAGGUUCCGAACGAUGAUGCCGUUGUUCCUAAACCAGUUGGUGGAAGUAAAAUGGAGAAAGCUAUCCUUAAGAAAACAUUGGAUAAACAUCGUGCCGGCAUCACUGUAAAACAAGUAGCUGCAGGAAGAGAAUUUGUUGGUCAACCAUUUUAUAGCAAACCUGAUGUUAUUCAUUUUAAGGAUUUUGAUGUUGGUAAGACAUAUCAAAAAAGAAUUGUGAUCACCAAUGUAUCUUACACAAUGAAUUUCUGCAAAUUCAGUGGAAUUUCUGAACAUCUGAAGGACUUCAUUAAUGUGGAAUUCAAACCUCCAGGACAAAUGUCAGCAGGAAUGUCAUGUGAUAUGAAUGUGACUUUCACACCAAUGAUAAAUGAAGAUUUGGAAGGUGAAGUACAGUUUUUAGCUCAGACUGGUCCAUUUUCAAUUCCACUGAAAUGUUCGACGAAGAAAUGUGAUCUCUGCCUCGAUGUUGACUUUAUUGAUUUUGGUUCACAAGUAGUUGGAGAAACAAUAUGUAGAUCUGUCAAUUUGAUAAAUAAAGGAGCCCUUGGAACCAGAUUUGAAUUUUUUAAAGUGCCAGAUAAACCUGCAACGACAUAUACAACUGAAACUUCAUUGGGACGUCUGACAACAGCGGAGACGGCAGCAAUGACUCCAGUUGAUGAAUCAGAAUUUGCAAAGACAGCAACAACUAUGCCGCAGGAUCCGCAAUCAAAACAACGAAGGCAAACUACAAAGGAGGGAACAGUUGGUAUGUCAACCGCUCCUACUGCAGCACAAACUGCCGAUUCAUUUCCUGCACCUUUUACUGGAGAAAAUGAAAGAAUCCAAAAUGUUGACAUUAUUGAAGAGACUUCAUUUGCAGACAGAGAUAUGUUGAGAAGUGAAGGUGAUGAAAUCAAAUUUGCAUCAACUGUUACUGAUUAUUCUAUGUUACCAGAAGAAAUUAAAGUUGGCCAGACAAUGAGUGGAGAAAUAGCAGCAUUUUCCAGUGUCAGACUUGAUGUUAUUUUUGCUCCUACCAUUCCUGGAAUUAUUAAAGCAAAUUUCAGAAUUGCUUUCUCUGACAAAGAUUCUGAACCUAUAAUGGUGAGAACAACUGCAAAAGCUACAGAUGUUCCAGUUUGGAUUGAAAAACAGACUGUUGAUCUUCAGAUAUGCAUGUAUGAUAGACUCUAUCAAGACCAGCUUAUUGUCAGAAACAGAGCUACAACUGCACUUCGAUUGAAUUUUGAAGUUCCGAAAGAAUUGAGAAAUCAUGUUGAACUCUUGCCUAAGACUGGAUAUGUACAAGCACAAUCUACAUUCACUGCUCAGCUCAAAUUUUUACCAAGAAAAAACUUAGCUGAAGAGGCGGCUGGCUUAUUCGAUCCUGAAACUGGGAUAUUAGAAGCACCGAUGGUCAUACAUGUUGCUGAUCAAACUCGGCCAGUACCUUUUGUUGUUACUGCCAUCGUUACAUCAUCGGAUUUAGAAUUUGAACAAGAUGAAAUAAAUUUUGGUGAUUGUGGGAUUUAUGAAUCCGUUACUUCUACAAUACGGUUAACGAAUCAUUCUAUUUUGCCACAAAAGUUUGGAUUUGUGGAUGUUCCAGAUUAUGCAGAGGUGCAACCAAACGAUGGAUUUGGAACAAUACUACCAUUGGAAACAAUUGAACUGGAUGUUAUUAUAAGUAUCAGUAAAGCAAAAAAUUAUGAUUUUAAGCUUACAUGUAAAAACAGUAUUGGAAGAUCAUUUGUUAUCCGAUGUAAAGCUGUAGGAGUUCAUCCACCAUUGGAAUUAACAACCCAGGUUUUAAAUUUUGCUGCUACUGCUCUGGGUGAUACAUCUUGCGGUUAUUUUCAUGUUGUGAAUUCUCAUGUUUCUGCUAAUGAGUUUACUCAUCCUGUACCUAGAAUAGGCAAAGGAGAGAUUGUACCAGUUGGCCCAACAUCUUUUGAAUUUGCCAUACCCGACCAUGCACCUAUAUCAAUCACACCGACCGUGGGAACUGUAAUGCCAGGAGAAAGAUGUCACAUCACUGUUCACUUCAGUCCAACUUUACUUGAAAAUGUAAUCCGAGAAGAAGCAGUUCAUGUGUUUCAAGUACAACGUGAGGAAGAGAAGAAGAAAGAAGCAGAGAGACAAGCUAUGGAACAAGCUCUUGCAGCAACAAAAGUUGAAGAAGAUAAAAGUGGCAAAGGUAAGAAAUCCAAAACACCAGCUCGAAGUAAAACAACAGAAUCAGGACAUCCGAAAUCUGGUAAAAGUGAUGGAGGAAGAAAAUCAACGUCAUCAAAUGAUGAACAAGUGAUUCCAACACCUGAUCAGAUUGAAAAAGAUUCAAUUGCAUACAAAGCAGCUGCAGCCGCAUUAACGCGGUCACAUACUGGUUCGUUCGAAUCUUUCAAGAUUCCUUGCUUCGUAGCAACAGGAAGAUGUGAUGAUAUCAAAAAUCCUCCUUCUAAAACUUAUCAUCCAGCUGAUAUUCUGUACCUGGAUGUACAUUGUCCAACAGUGAAACCACCAGUUGUUGUUAUAUCGAAUCACGGACAGAAUCUGACUGAAUUCGGACAAGUAUCAAUUGGUCAGAAUACAAUCAAACCUAUUAGUAUUCAGAAUAUAUCUGACCAUUCUGUGGAUUUGACGCUAUCCUCACUUGAUACAAAUGGACCAUUCCAAGUAUUAAAUGCAUUGCGAACAUUAGAACCUGAGGAAACACAUACUUUACUUGUGUCUUUCACUCCUAAUGCAGGAAAAUUGUCUUAUGAAGUAUUGAGGAUAAUCAGUGCAACCUCAGUACUUAGCGUACCACUGACUGGUGAAGGAGUCAGUCCUAUAAUUAAUGUAUCUGUUGAAGAUGGAAUUUUGAAUCUAGGUGAUGUACUACAGGGUGAAUCUCAAACUUCAACUUUUACUCUUUCCAAUUCGUCAUCAUUGAAAGUGAACUACAGUGUUAAACUAGAUAGCUGUUCAUUACUUCGACAUAAUUUAUCUCAACAAUUUCCUGAUUAUGUCAUCAAAAAUUUGGGAAAGAAACAAAGUAAUAAGAUGUUGGCUGGACCGCAAAAUUUUGAUGGAUCUUGUGUUUUUGAUUGUGUGCCUUGUGAAGGAUCUAUUGCACCAACUGAAUCACAAGAAAUAACAGUGACAUUCAAUCCUGAUCAUGAUUCAAGACAUUUCUCUGACGGUGCCAGGAUUGUUCUAUUUAACUUGGAAGAAGCACAUCUUCUUCAUCUCAAAGGUCGUGCCCAUAAACAUAUGAUGUUUGUUGAUGGAUAUGAUCCCCAAGAUGUCAGCGUUGAGUCACUUACUGUUGAAAAGAAACCACGUGAUCCCGAAUCGGAUGCACCAGAACCAGUCGAAUCAAUUCUCCUAACGUUUCGAAGUAAAAUAAAUGAAGUUGCUUUUCCGCCUGUUACACGUCAAUUAAUUAUUGGAUGUUUAAGAACAAACGCAUUUGUUGCGAAAAAGAAUGGAGAAUGGAUCUUCGAAAAUUUACAACACGCCCAAUCUCUUGGUUUUGUGGUUGAUCCUCCGAAAGGUGUCGUUGAUGUUGACGGUACGAAGACGGUUGAUAUUACGUGGAAUCCUCCAGAAGGACAUAACCCAAAAGAACCAGUUGAGUCAUCGAUAACUUUGACAUUGAAGGCAGACGUUCCUUUGACAUACAACGUUCUUCUGCGAGCACUUCUUAUAUUACAUUAACAAAACACUGUUUUGCUACGAGUUUUCUAUUUUAUUCUAUUUAAAAACAUAUUCAAUUUUUACAAAUAUUGAAUUGGAAUAAUUUAUUUCAUUUGAUGUAUAUGUUGUUUAUGCAUUUUUCCGAAAUUGCCUUUUUAUAAAGCAGAAUCGUAAUUUAAGACAAAAUUGGAAAAGCUUUGUAUUUUUGUGUUGAAUUGUCCUAUUUCAUAUACUUAACUAUUCGAAGACUAUUAUUUAAUAUAAAAAAAAAUGACAUACUUUAAACUGUGCUCUAUUUCUUCAAUUUUCAUAUAUAUAUUGUAGAUAAUAAAAUAUUUAUUUUUUGUCAUAAAUUUAUUGAAUUU